AUGGCAGGAGAUCCAUUUUUAUCUGAUCCUUCUAAGAAAAGAAAACGUCUGAAUAAAUUGACUAGUAAAACUAAACGAACUAAAUCAUCAACCUCAACUCCAACUCCAACUCCAACGGCAAAUCUUCAAGAUGAUGAAAUAUCAAGUGGAUCUGAUAGUGAAAAUGAAAACGAACAUGUCAAUGGUGGAGAGGAUCAUAAUGAUAGUGAAUUAUCAUCAGAUGAAGAAUUUGCUGAUGAGACUGUUAAUGAUAAACGGAGAAGAUUAGCUAAACAAUAUUUAGAAAAUUUAAAACAAAAUGAACAAGAAUUAUAUGAUGAAUUUGAUGCUAAAGAUUUAGAUGAUGAUAUAUUAGCCAGAAGGUUACAAAAAGAUGUUGCCGAAACUAAAGGAUACGUUUAUAAAUUUAUUGGUGAUAAAAUAAAGGAUCAAUUAGAUGAAGAAUAUCCUUUACAAUUAAUAACUACCAGAAUUGGUUGUAAAAAUUUAACUAGUAUGACAAUCAAUUAUCCAUAUUUAUAUACGGUUUCUAAAGAUAUUGAAAUUAUUAAAUGGGAUAUAAGUGAAACUCAUAAAAAACCGAAAAGAAUAAAACAUACUAAAGGUGGUAAUAAAUAUUUUGAAAUCAAUUCUAUAAAUCCUCAAUCAAAUCAUCAUUGGCAACAAAUUAAUUGUAUAGCUGCAUCUCCUGAUGGGAAGUAUAUUGUUACUGGUGGUGAUGAUUCUCGAUUAAUUAUUUGGUCAAGUGAAAAUUUAACUUGUUUGAAAAUUUUACAAACUAGAGCAUCGGUGAAUUCUAUUGUAUUUAGAAGAAAUAGUGAUCAAUUAUUUGCUGCUUGUGCUGAUUUGAGAAUUAGAACUUAUUCAAUUAAUCAAUUCACUCAAUUGGAAAUCUUAUAUGGACAUCAAGAUAAUAUUAGUGAUAUAUCUGCUUUAGCUAAAGAAACUUGUGUUUCCGUUGGUAGUAGAGAUAAAACUGCCAUGUUUUGGAAAAUUGCUGAAGAAUCACGAUUAACUUUCCGUGGUGGUGAUUCUCUAGAAAAGACCAAGUCCAAGAAGAAAAUGAGACAACAAGACGAAAAUAAUGAAACACCAUUCUAUAAUGAAGGAUCAAUUGAUGUUGUGAGUAUGAUUGAUGAAUCACAUUUUGUUACUGGAUCAGAUAAUGGUAAUGUUGCCUUAUGGUCAUUAGCUAAAAAGAAACCAUUAACUACACAAAGAUUAGCUCAUGGAUUACAACCACAAUUUACUCCAAUUCAAGCAAGUUCAGAAGCUAAUGAAGAAUUAGCUUUACAACAAAUCCCCAAACCACAACCUUAUUGGAUCACUGCUAUUCAUGGUGUUCCUUAUAGUGAUAUUUUUAUUACUGGUUCAUUUAAUGGUACUAUUAAAAUAUGGAAAUUAGAAGAACCAUCAUUAAGAUCAUUUAAAUUACUUGGUGAAAUUAAACAAAAUAAUUUCAAUGGAUGUAUUGUUAAAAUUGAUUCAGUGGAAAUUCCUGGUACUAUUAAAAAAUUGAAAAUUUUUGUAUUAUUAAGUAAAGAACAUAAAUUUGGUAGAUGGUUAGGUAAAUUGCCAGGAGCUAGAAAUGCUUUAGUUAAUUUUACAGUUAAUUUAUAG